AUGUGGCAGAUCCCUGUGGUCCCCAUGCCCAAGGAGAUGCAAGUGGCAGCAAGCGUCAGCACAAAGGAUGAAGCGGUUGGUAGCGGCGAUGGCGCGAACAGUCACGCUAAGGAGAUUGUGUCCAAGGAGUGCAAUCUUGGAGGGACCAGCAAGCUCGGUGAACACAAGGAGAGUGGUGUAGCAGCCAAGAAGCGGCACAAGGGUGAGGAGAACCCCGGGGUAGCAGUGGAGGACUACGGAGAGAGCAUGUGGGGUGCUAUUGGGAGCGCGGCAUUCUCUAAUCCGACUUCGGCUACCAGGGAGUGUGAUUGGCUCACUUUGCAUCGACAAAUGGGGCAUGUGGCCCUGCCUAUUUUGCAGCAGCUAGUGAAGAACCAGAUGGUUGCUGGCAUACAUGUGAAGGGGGAGCCCGAUGCGGUACUUGGCUGCCUGACGUGCAUGCAAGCCAAGUUCACCCGUUUCCCAUUCUCUAGUUCGGAGGCAACGGCCAAGGCACCACCUGAUGAGGUGGUGAUGGACCUGGUGGGCCCCCUGAAGCUUGGAGCUGCUGGAGAUGAGUAUUUCCUCACCAUUCUGAACGUCUAUACCCGCAUGACUUGGGUGUACGUGCUGGCCAAGAAGCGUGACGUGUCUGAAACGUUGAAGACGGAUUGGUUCCCGAUGGUGGAGCGGCAACAAGACCGUCUAGUCAAGUCAAUUCGCACCAAUCAAGGGGGAGAGUUCCUAAGCAAGGAGUUUGGGUUGUGGCCGAAGAAGAAUGGGAUUCGACACUCCCUCACCAUGCCAUACUCCCCUGCAAUGAACGGCAUUGCCGAGCGAGCGAACCGGAUGAUCAUGGAGGCGACACGCGGGUUGCUCAUUGAAGCCGGGCUACCCGACUAUUUCUUGCCGGAUGCAGUGCGGAGCGCAUGUGUGGCCAAGAACAGAGUUUUUACUCAUGUGGGAGCAGACAAAUGGGUGCCCUAUGUGGAGUGGCUAGGAAGGAAGCCAAAGGUGGAUAUGCUUCGGUUGUUCGGGUGCAUGUGCAUGGCGCUCGUGCCUAAGCAUCUUCGGCACAACAAGCUUGGUGCCAAGGCGGUGUGGGCCGUGCACUUGGGCAUGGCUCAAAACAGCAACAGAUGGCUUCUCUGGGACCCAUUCACCAAGAAGUUCUUGAUGAGAAGGGACUGCAAGUUCAUGGAGAACUUCAUGUACAAGGAUUGGAAGGCGAAGAAUGAGGCGAAGAUAGGCGUGCGGUUUGGGGAGGUGAAGAGUUCCGGUUUGGAGCAUGUGGAGCUGCCUUUGGAGCUGAGCAGCGGCAGCACAACCACGAGGCAACCCUCCCUUGUGAAAGGGGGAGAGGAGGCCACUGAUGCAGAGGAAGAAGAGGAGGAGGUGCAGCAACAACGCCAAGGCCUCCAAGUCGCUGCAGCUGAGGAGGAAGGAAGGGGGAAGAGGAGAGUUCAACCCCCUAAUAGGCUGACCUAUGAUGCACUUGGAAAGCAAGGCAAGACAGCCCUGGCCGGAGCGGCAAUGAUGGUCGGAGACGAUGAGGAGAGUGACUACGAGGAAUGUGCCUUCGCGUUCUUCUCUCCGGUGGAGAUGCCGGGAGAACCAGCAACUCUCAAGGAGGCUUUGGAGAGUAGUGAUGCUGAGGAGUGGAAGAAGGCUUUGGAGAGUGAGCUGAAGAGCAUCGAGGAGAAUGACACGUUUGAAUUGGUGGAGCUACCGGAGGGGCGUACGGCGAUAACGUCCAAGUGGCUAUUCAAGUUCAAGUCCGACGCCGACGGCAAGAUCGAGCGUUACAAGUCUAGGCUGGUGGCCAAGGGGUACCAGCAGAAGUAG